AUGGCAACGGCAUUGCCUGAAUGGCAGCCUCCUCCAGCACCAGCCGAGUCAGCAGAGCUGCCAAGGCUAUUGGUGUAUAAUAGCUUGACCAGGUCGAAGGUACCAUUUAUUCCGAUCGAUCAGGACGGGAAGAAGGUGGGAUGGUAUGCUUGCGGGCCAACGGUGUAUGAUGACGCGCACUUGGGUCACGCGCGAAACUAUGUCUCAACUGACAUUAUCCGUCGCAUUCUGUCCGAUUACUUCAGGUUUCAAGUUUUCUUUGUCAUGAACAUAACGGAUGUCGACGACAAGAUUAUACUUGCUGCCAGACAACAGCACCUGCUGUCUGAAUGGCUCGCACAGCAUACUGAAGUGGACCAAGAGGUUCGAGAGAUCACUAAUCAGGCGUUCUUAAUGUACGUUGCGAAGCAUUUGCCGUUACUCAGCAACGUAGUAGUACUGGCCAACUACGACGAGCAGGUCGAGCUUGCGUACGGUCACGUCUUGAAAGGGCAGAGUCUUACCAACGAUGGCUCGCCACCGGGCGACAAGGAAGCAAAGAUCAGGAUGCAUAUGAGGACCGCGGAGUCUGCUGUCCAAGCGCUCCUAGCGUUGGAUCACACUUACGAUGCUUUUGUGGCUAAAGCGUCAGGAGUGCUCCUACCGUACAUUGACUCAUUGUACAAGAGAACUGUCAAAGGCACCGACCACCACAUCUUCACGAAGCUUACGAAACGGUACGAACAGCGCUUUUUCGAGGACAUGGCAGCACUGAAUGUACGAUCCCCGGAUAAGCUUACACGAGUGACGGAGUACGGUCCGCAGAUCGUCGACUUCGUCAAGCAAGUUCAAGAUCACGCUUUUGCGUACGAAACUCAUGGUUCCGUCUACUACGACAUCAAGCAGUGGGAGAGCACUGGUGGCGUCUACGCCCGCUUAGAACCCUGGAACCGCAAUGACGGUGAACUGCAGGCGGAUGGCGAGGGCGCACUGUCUACGAAGCCUAGCGGGUCCAAGAAGUCUGCGGCAGAUUUCGCGCUGUGGAAGGCUUCGAAGGAAGGAGAGCCUAGCUGGCCAUCUCCCUGGGGCGAUGGCCGUCCAGGUUGGCACAUUGAGUGCAGCGCCAUGGCUUCUGAUGUGCUCGGCAAGCAAAUCGACGUUCAUUCCGGCGGCAUUGACCUCGCGUUUCCUCAUCAUGACAACGAACUCGCGCAAUCAGAAGCCUUUUGGCACGAGAGUGGUAAGGACAGCCGGCAGUGGGUCAAUUACUUCCUGCAUAUGGGUCAUCUCAGCAUCCAGGGCAGCAAGAUGAGCAAGUCGCUUAAGAACUUCACCACCAUACGUGAAGCCAUUGCAAAGGGUGACUGGACACCAAGAGGCCUGCGCAUCGUCUUUCUACUUGGCGCUUGGCGCGACGGCUUGGAGAUCACUGGUGAGGUGGUGAAGGCUGGAAGGGCAUGGGAGGACAAGGUCGACAACUUCUUCAUUAAGAUCCGAGAUCUGCAGUCGCGCAUGACUGCAAUGAAGCUCGACGUCAACGCCGGCACCAAUGGCGUUAAUGGCAUCAAGAUGCAGAAUGGUGCCGGUAGCGUCGCAGACGCGCUGGCGGAAGCCAAGCGCAAGUUCCACGACGCCCUGUGCGACUCCUUUGACACACCCACCGCAAUGCGCAUCAUCAGCGACCUCAUCACCCUGUACAAUACGCAGAAGCACAAUCCAGACACGCUGUCGCUUGAGCUUGGAAGGUGGGUGACGGAGAUGGUCGUCAUGUUUGGACUCGAUGCACAACAUAAGUCUGGCGACCUCGGAUGGUCCGGUCUUGACAUUCCUGAACAGGCGAAGCCAUUCAUCUACCCACUGUCACAACUACGAGACCGUGUUCGCGAGCAAGCCAAAGCCGGCGGUGUCGAUAUUGCCACAUUGGGCAAGCUCGAGGACAGAGACACCAGAUACUCUGACAAUCAGCCAUACGCGAAUGCUUAUGCUGACUUCCAACGCAAGCUCUUCCAGCUAAAUACGCAGGGAGCAUCACCGAAGGACUAUCUUGCUGCAUGCGACCAUCUCCGUGAUAGUGUGUUAUGGCAGCUAGAUAUAUAUUUGGAAGACCGUGAUGCUGAGAGCUUAGCCGCGCUGGUGCGGCCUGUCUCCCAAUCUCUACGAGACGAGUGUGCCAACAAGGAAGCCGCUACUGCUGCCAAAUCACGGGCGAAAGAGGAAGCGCAGGCGGCCGAGAAGGAGCGGUUGGACCGCGGGAAGCUAUCUCAUCUGGACAUGUUUCGGACGACCGAAUACAGCGCGUGGGAUGAGGAGGGUAUGCCCACGCAUGACACGGAGGGCAAGGAGCUUGCCAAAUCCCGUACGAAGAAGUUGAGGAAGGAUUGGACGAGACAGAAGCAGCUUCACGAGACGUGGUCGGCUGCAAACCAGGCGUGA